UAAAUAUAUGAAAUAAAAACGUAUUGUUUCUUAGCAAACCUUAGUGUUUGGGAUAUAUUUCUGGAUUAAAACGAUGUAUUCUCAAAUGAAAUGUGUCUCACAUGUAAACAUGCAUAACUGUGUUAUUUGUCGUGUGGGAAUUUAACCUCGUACCAGCUGUUAUUGCAGGAAAUAUGCCAAAACAGGAAGCUGUUUCAAAAGCGAAAGCUAUGGCAACACUUUAAGAUACAAGAUACUAACCUUAGCCCUUAAAAAGCAGGCAGCCUAUAUUAGUCGAGUUGGGACAGUGUGUGGAUUGGUGAAACACGCCUCCCCGGAGUGGGCGGGGUUACCCAGCCCUGCUGACUCUCACGGUACUGCACUAACCUUCCGCGUUUGAUCCCGUCAGUAUAUAAGCUGCUGAAUCGCUGUACCGGGAACGAUUAGACAUACGAAGCUGAAUCAGACCUCACACAGCUCUAAUUCAGCUCCACUGCUGCGGUCAGCUGUACAUUUAAAAGCAGAAAAUCAGGUCACGCCCACGUUGUGGUUCUGCAGCUGAACAAGAUGGUGAACUGCGGCUUAUUGACCGACAAGAACGAACCAGUUCCUCUGAAGAGCAUAGUGGUGGAUCUGCAGGUUAAGGGGCAUGUAGCUACAGUGAGCUCCACUCUGCAGUAUGUAAAUGAAGAAGAGCGCCCCCUGGAGGCCGUGUUUGUCUUCCCCAUGCCUGCAGAAGCUGCUCUCUGCCACUUCAGUGCUAAGAUUGCUGACAAGGAGAUAGUGGCGAAGGUGCAGGAGAAAGAGAAGGCGCGGGAGGAGUAUGAUGAUGCGAUUGCUUCAGGAGAUCAGGCCUUUCUGCUGGAGGAGAGUGACGAGAGUGCGGAUGUGUUCAGGCUGAGUGUGGGGAGUCUGCCUCCAGCCCAGAGCGCUGCUGUCACCUUCGUCUACGUCACUGAGCUCUCUGUGCAGGCUGACCAUGCCCUGCGCUUCUGCCUGCCUGCAGUGCUGAACCCCCGUUACACACCACCAGGUACAGGUGGUGGUACAGUGUCAGAGAUAAAAUCCUCACCAGCAGGUGUUCCCUACUCUCUCUCUCUCACUGCCCAUGUGAGCUCUCCCAACCCCAUCAUUAAAGUAGAGUCUAAAUGUAGUCUUGAGCCUCUGGUGUUCAUCAGUGCAGACCACACAAACGCAAAGGUGAGUCUGUCUGCAGGUCAUAUGUUUGACAGAGAUGUCGAGCUGUUCCUAUAUUAUCAGAACGCCCACCAGCCCACUGCUAUAGUGGAGGCAGGAGAGGCCACAGCACAGCCAGGAAGUCUCAUGAGAGACCCUGUGGUCAUGCUAAGUUUGUACCCAGAGUUCCCUUCAGCGCUGAUGUCAUCUGUAACAUCUUGUGGGGAGUUUGUGUUCAUAAUGGACAGAUCUGGCAGUAUGGGCUGUCCAAUGCAUAAUGGAUCAGGUGCACAGACGCGCAUUGAGAGUGCCAGGGACACUCUGCUCCUAUUGUUGAAGAGUCUCCCUCUGGGCUGCUACUUCAAUAUCUAUGGCUUUGGAUCAAACUAUGAGUCCUACUUCCCGAAGAGUGUUGAAUACACUCAGGAGACAAUGGACCAGGCUGUGAAGAGAGUAAAGGAGAUGGAAGCAAACAUGGGUGGCACUGAGAUUCUGCAGCCUCUGAAACACAUCUACAGUCAGCAGUGCAUCCCUAAGCAGCCCAGACAGGUGUUCAUGUUCACUGAUGGAGAGGUGUGGAACACCAAAGAAGUUCUUUCCCUCGUGAGAAACAACGCUGAAUCUCACAGGUGCUUCUCGUUUGGGAUCGGUGAAGGUUCGAGCACCGCCCUCAUCACAGGAAUGGCUCAGGAGGGAUGUGGCCACGCCCAGUUUAUCACAGGCACUGACCGCAUGCAGCCCAAAGUAAUGCAGUCUCUCCGCUAUGCUCUACAGCCAGCUGUGGUUGAUAUUAGUGAAGAGUGGGCAGUCCCAGUGGGCAUGUCCACCACAUGCCUUAGCCCACCCAUUAACACAAUCUUCCAGGGUCAAAGGGCACUGAUUUAUGCUCAGCUGAAAGGAGAGAGUCAGAGCUCAGACUCUGAGGGGAGAGUAACAGUGAAGUACCGUCUAGCAGGUCAAGAAGUCACCAACACACUCAGCUACUCCCUCAAGCCUGCUGAGAAUACAGGACUGUCCAUCCACAGAUUGGCUGCCCGCUCUGUGAUCCGCUCUCUGGAACGGGAUGAGCAGAAUGAGGGAGCUGACAAAGAGGCUUUAAAGGCCAGAGUGGUGGAGCUCAGUGUGCAGGCUGGGGUGAGCAGUUCACACACAGCCUUCAUCGCUGUUCUUAAGGGCAGUGGAGAGGCUGUGAAAGGACCACUGCUGAGGAGAAGAGUGCCUACAGUAGGGUUUUUUGGCAUGGGUGCACCAGUGGCAAUGGCAUGCUGUUCUGCUUCCUAUAGAUUGUGCUUAAACAGUGGGCGUAAACGGACAGCUGCACCAAUCGCUGGUCCUGUACCAAUGAUGGCCAUGGGUGGUCCAAUGUUGGGCAGAAGAGGUGGUCCUAUACCAAUGGCAGCCAUGGGUAAAUUUUGUGCCCCAGCAAUGAUGGCCGACAUGGCUGUUCCUGAAAUGCUCCCGACGGAUGGAGCUGGCAUAAUGAUGGACAGCAUGGAAGAGGACUCUGAAGGCUCUGUGGAGGCUGUUAAAGACCCCCUGCUGCAGCUCAUCUCCCUGCAGAAGGCUUCAGGCUGCUGGGAAAUGGAUGGUGCGCUGGUGGAGGUGUUUGUGAAGACGGAGGAAGAGGUGGUCAAGCAGACCCCCGCACAGGUGGAUAAGGGGGUCUGGGCUACAGUUCUGGCUCUGAUCUGGUUACAUGGGUUUAAGAUGGACGCUCAGGUUGAGUGGCAGUUUGUGGCUAUGAAGGCUGUGACAUGGAUCCGCAACCAGAAAGUGGUCAGUCUUUCUGAGAGUGUUCGUGCGGGUAAUAAUCUGCUGGGCUGCCAGGUUAAAGAAGAGGACCUUGGACUCUGAAGUCUUCAUACAUUCUUUCUCUAAAGCUACUGUGCCUAACGCAGACUUCAGAAAUUCUUACAGCAUACAACUCAUUUACUAAUGUUUACACUACCAAUGGUGUUUACUUUGUUUUAGCAAAGUUAUUCAUUAAUUCAUGAUUCUGAAUCAUUAUUCUAAGCUAAAGGGACUGUUUGUUUCAUUCUGACUGAUCUGUGCCUUCUUGUCUUUGAAUAACUCCGAUUUAAAGAUGUUUAAUGCAGAGCUGUUACAUGUAACUACUGGAGUAAACUGUCAUUUAAAUAAACAUGCAACCUUUACUUCUGCAAAUAAAAUUCUGUGCUGCUGAA